GCGCGGCCGUUUAACCGCCAUUACUGUCGAAGCCUGUCCGCGGACACGAUGUCCUUCGCGUCUCCGUGAAAUCGUGCUCCCUAAUGUGAAGUUAAAGAAUAAUAUUUGCAGUGAUACAAGUUAUUGUAACUUGGUAGCAAAUUAUGUUGAUCGACGCGGAGUGAUCAAUCGUGUUUCUGUGCCGACGGGAUUACCGCUUUGGAUUAAAUUGUGCCCCGGAACUGGAUGAAUCAGCUUUCUCAAGCGCGACGAUUUUAACCUGCAAACUGUUGUUGUGUUUAUUGUGUUUACAAGGAAACGUGCUCUGGACAAACCGGUGUAUUUUACUCUAAUUAUCAUGGCGACCGAUGCUCAGAGACUCAUCAGCAUUUCGCUGUCUAAAAUCGCUCAAUCCCGUGUUCAGCGUGGAGGUGUAAGUUUGCACAAAAAUCUGUUAGUCGCAACGGUUUUACACAAGGCCCGUUAUGUGUUCAUGGAACAAGCGUACCAAAUGGUGCAUGCACCCGUCGAAAAUUACAGCCCAAGUCCAUCAACUCCCGCUAGUGAACAAGAAUACAGUAACUACGAUGACAAUGACAACCUCGUAGGUUUAACUGCGGAAGAAGCGUAUAGUCCAUCAGACUUGUCUGAAACCUCCUCUAGUACAGAUUUAGUUGAAAGCUCUAGUGAUAUUCCAUCAUUCCUCCCUAACUGCACCUCUUAUGCGCGAUGCCCUAGUGAAAGUGAAACAGUACCUGAAUGUGAUUCGGAUAAAGAAAACUUAGCCCCUGCCUCUGAGGCACCAACGUACCUAGACUUGGACAGUGCGAAAAGUCCUUGUGGAGAAAAUGUAGUUAUCUUAAGAGAGCGACCUCAUACCAAAUGCCUGAAAAGGCGGCGCGCUGUAACCGAGUGGGAAACUGAAGAAGCUGUUUUGUCGAUACUUCCAAAGAAAGUGAAAUCAUCAGCAGAUGUGCUAUCCCUGGACCCGAGUUCGGAAGGAGACGACUCUGUAUUUUCGGAGCCAUCACUGCUUUCAGACUGUACAAGUGAAGAAAAUGGUGCUGAAAUUGACCGCAUUACUAGUUUAGUUUCAAUUUUUAGUUUUGGAAGCUUUGCAGCCGCAUCUAAUGGAACAGAGCUUGCAAAUGGAUUAUCCAAACUUUCAAGGUCUUCUUCAACUCCUGACCUAUGCUCAGCUCAAGCAAAAGAUGGUGUAGAUGUCUUACAACAGAGGCCUUUCAUCGCAAUGACAGUCUAGUAAGGAUUUUGUUACUAUUUUAAUUUUUGGAACUUGCCAUGUGUAAAAUUUUAACAAAUUUCAAAUUUUAAUUCUCUUUUCGUUCUUCCUAAGAAUCUGAAGUUUUGUUACUGAAUUUUGUUAUUUUAUGUUAUGUUACAAGCUGCCAAUAGUCCAAUGCUACGAGGCCCUAGUUAAAGGUUUCUUGGCAUGAUUGGACCAAUGAUACCUACGUAUUAUAACAUCUCUUGUGAAUGCACUGAAAAGUCAACUUAUUUGCUGCGCAAAAGUUUAGUAGUCUUGCGAAAUUGUAUUCACUCUGCAGUGAGAUCCAAGGUGCCUCUGCGUAAAAUUUUAACAUGAUGGUAUUGGGACAUAACGUAUGUUGUCGAAACUGAGGUGUCAGCUAGAAAGACAUUUGGCUUGAAGCUAGCCUCCAAGAUUUCCUAUCAAUCUUUGAAACCUUUCUCUGCGGUCAUUUAUCAUGCUUGGGUAAACAAGUGAUAAGUGGCUGAUUGAUCUCUCCAAGUUUUUACGUUCUAUUAUUUUGCUGAAUUUAAUGUAUUUUUCCCCUAUACUUCAUCUUUCAUCUUGUCAUUGGAUGAGGAUAUUUAUUUUCUCUUCAUUCUUUACUGGAUGAUGAUUCAUAUUUAUAGUUACCAUAAGACCUGUAGGUAUUAUGUUUCUGCAUUUUUUCAUCAUCUCCCCUCCCCCCUCCCCCUUUCAUUCUACCACUCUCAAAGCUGUCUUGUAGGUAACCAGUUUUAAAGGUUUGUACCUAUCUGUUGGUUACCUGUAGCAGGAGAUGGAGACAAGCAGUACCUAUGUAAGUGAAACCUUUUUACAUGAAGCAUAUUGGCAACUAGUCGAUUAUCAUUCACUGGUUGAAAAAAUCCCGUGUUAGAGAUUGGUUUUAACUGUUAACAUUAACUGGGGUAGCCCUGUCACUUGUUGUGCCACAUCAUUGACACUAGAAAUUCCUUCAGUUAUUUGCGUUUAUUUCAUUUCUUUAUCUCCUGUCUCUAUUCUUUGUGACUCACUUAAUGACAAACAGCUGUGCUGUAAAUAUUGUCUUUAAUAAAUCAGUGCAUAACAGGCAUAUCAAAGGAAACUUGUGCAGUACCUACUUAGUUAAUAUGCUAAGUUCUCUUCAUAUUCGCAACUAUACAAAUUUCACUGGAAGAGGUUUCCUACCAACAAUUUUGGAAAUUCUAAAAGUAGGUGAUGAAAUCUGAUUUCCAGUACAAAAGUGUUAGCUCCAUCUGAGCAUCCAACAACGUAUGAAGUGCUUAGGAAAAUGCGAACCUCCUACUAGACUUCAAAAGAUGCUUCAACCCUACUGACAGAGAAAGAGGCCAAAAGAGAGUGUACUUAGUGGAGGACUGCAUUAGAAUUUCAGCCACUCUCAAAAUCAAGUUGAUUAAGAUAAUAGAGUUGUGAACAAUUCCUUUCAGUCUUCAUAGUGCGGUUUAUUAAGCUGUUGCGAUCCAGGUUAGACUCGUAGGAGACAGAUGACCAGUAAUACUCCAAUGAACUGCAAAAUGAAGAGUGCGUAUUCAGUAAUAUUUGGAUACGUUUUGUACCUAUUUUAUGCUUUUUAGCACCUUCUGUUUGAAAAUUAACUUUCAAUAUGUGAGAAUAUUAAAUAUCUUGCAUGAAACGACAUAAGUCUACAAUUGCUCUUUUGCUUGUAAUUUCAGGAGAAAGAAUAGUCACAUAAUAUAAUAUUUGAUAUUAUUAAAAAAGAAGAUAAUCAUUAAAUUAUGAUGGUAAAAAAAAAUUCAAGUACCUGCUUACUAUUUUCCAUUAUUAAAGUCUUGUUGCCAUGCCUACUUAUGCACAAUUUUUUUAGAAUCAUCUUAAGAAAGUUCCUCUUAGUCUUGAUUUAAUCCUGGUUUUUAUUCAAAAUUUUAAUUACCUUAAUGACGAGAAGAGUAGAUAAAUUUAGUAAAUUUUUUAAAGAUAUUGAAUGUUUUUAUUUGCAUCUAUGCCAUUUAUUAUCAAAAAAUAAACCUCGAACUUUUGCAUGUCCCAUGUUUUAUAUCAAUAUUUUUGUUAACUUAAGUCGGCUUCAAGAGGUUUGCUGCAUAAUGUACCCACAGUGUUCGACUUCUCGGGUCUUUCUGAAUUUUCUCGCGGGUUCAAGUCAGUCAUUAUCUGGGCCCAGAAUUAAAUUUGUUACAAACAUGCAACACAAAACCGAUUCUUCUGUCACAAGACAUUGGGUCCAAGAUAAAAAAAUUUGGAGGUUAAGCAACAGUGAAAAAUAUGCUAUCAGGGUAUCUAGUUAUACUAUAAUUCUCUGAUGUUCUUUCCCUAUCUAGAGUCUCUUUUGAAUUGCCCGUUUAGCUAGUAAUAUGUGUCUUUCAACUCCUCACGUUUUUAGUCGUUAAUUGCCCUAGUACGAGAAAAGUUGGUAUUUUCUCCUGUAUUUAAUGAUCCAAGGACCCACACUGUCUUAACUUCCAAAUUUUCUUUUCCCGUCCCUCCAUAGAUUAUUGUUCUUAGUAACUGAUUAAUCCUAUUCAGUUCAAAGUACUUACUGUUUCUGUCUAGUUUGUUGCGACUUACUGGCCAGCUUUAGCAGCAUUUUAAGUAAUUUGUGAAGAAUGUAUGUGUAAUUAAUGUCACUCAUGUACCUCUAUUUGUAUUUGAUCUUUUCUCCUCCUGUAUAUGAAUCUUAUCUGAUUUAUAGUAUACUAUAUUUAGGUAGCACAAAAUUUGUUUACCUGUCUGGUGUGUUAGCUCACUUUAAAAUCAGUUCAAGUUAACAGGGUUGAUCCCUCAUGAUUUUUGUAUGUACCUUUCAAUUGCAGUACACUUAGUACUUUUUACAACUUCUCUCCCAUCUUUAAAAAAAUUGAUCAGUUGCGUCUCAUACCAAUUUUCUUAAAUCCAUCGGUGACAUAAGGCCUCCUUGUCUUACAUUUUUCUGUAAUCUUGGAUUUUGUCACGCUAUAUCCUAAGGCCUGUAAUUAAUUUUAAGGAAAAAACUCUCAGUUUACCUUUUAUGAGCAUCAUUGGUACCUUAGCUUGCUCAUAUAUAAUUCUUACAAUCAUUAAUGUUAGUCUAAAGGUGGUUUUGUAUCUUCCCGAUAAAGUAUCACCAUCCCUGCCUUGUUCGUGUCGUACAAAUUUCAUGUCUGAAAGUGAGAGUAGAAACUUUUUAUUCGAGUCCACCCAUUUUCGUCAGCCUCGGUUCUGGUGUUCCAGGCUGUCACAAUUACACUGCAAUAGAAAAGGAGAGGUCUUAAGUGCACAAAAAACUUCUUCUUGAUCUGAAGUCAAUUUUAGAGACUCUUCCUUUGAAAUGAUAGAAUUUAUUUCCUUGAUAGUAGGUAUAUCUUUUCAAAUUAAUCUUACAUUUUUAUGUAUACAUUGGAACACCAGAACCUCUUAUGUUACGUUCAGAUAUUCGUUUGAACGUUGAGCUCUGACGACCACGAUCAAGUACCCUUUAAGACUCCUACGGAGUGAGAAGUGCCUGUUGGCCUCUAACUCGUAUCUCAUCCCAAGCACACGUAAUGAUGGAGCAACUAUUGUUGGUCAAUAGCCUCUCUUCUGGAAGUCAGUAAUCUCGUUGAUGAAUUUUUAUGUUGGUAAAUUUUGACUAUUCCUAGAGCCCUGUAAAAUUUAAAUCGAUGGUGUCAAUCGAAGAGUUUCUACUAAAGCAGUUUCGAACCACCCUCGCUAUUUUUUUCAAUCGUAGAAGUUGAAUCAGUUGCGGACUGAAUUUGUGGAAAACUUGUUUUCUGAGAUGUUUUCAACUUCCAAAGUCACUUUAACAUCUAAAGUUGUUUUGUAUUUAAAUUUUCAUUCAAGAUUUACCUCUACCGGAGGAUUUUUAAUGACCAUCUAAGGAUAAAGUGUAUCAUUUCAGAAUGAGCAAGUGCCAGGUUAAUAGUAAUUUUUUCUCUCUAUAGUAAGGCUUGGCUAAGUUUAUUUUAUGAUUUUUCUCGAAGGUUUGUCAUCCUACUCAUGUCUACUCUCCUUGUCUCAAGAUUUUUCUUUCUUCACAUGGGAGAGAAUAAAUCAGUAUCUUUCCCGUAUCAGUAGCUGAAUCAUCCAGCACUAUUAAGAGGACAAGGCCACUUUUAUGUUAUUGAAAAACACUAGCUUCUUAAUUUUUCUCUGUCCAAGAACUCUGCUAAUUGAUCGGCUCUUGUAAAGGCCGAAAAUGUCUUCAUGGAGCUUCUCUCAUCAUUGAUGGCGAAUGUUUUUUUUGUUGUUUUUUUUAUAUUUUGUUCUAAACUUAAAUUGAGUCAGUUUCACAGCCAUCUAUCACCUUAAUGUUGAAUUCUCGAGAUUUUUAAGUUCAAAAUUUGAUUCGUCGAAACACUUUUCAGGGCUCCUUAUCAAUUUAUUUUUUUCCUUGUGCUCCAACAUUUUUCUUUUUAUUUCUUUUUGAAUCAUUUCUCUGUCUACUAAUUUUGGCAGGAAACUGUUUUGUUUUCUGUUUUGUUUUGACCUUUCCUUCCAAACUCACGGAGGAAAGGUGGCUCUUCUUUUUAGUGAACAACUUUAUUUAUUGCGUAUAUUUUUUAAUGUAGUAUUUUUAUUGUAAAUAACAUAAGAUUUUCUAUUUGUAUACAGUUGUAUAUUUUAUGUACAUUUGAAGUUUUGUUAAUACUAAAUGCAUUUUUUAAGAAAAAAUAGACAAACUAUUAAAGUGAAAAGAUUGUCAUUCAUGAAA